CUCGUGUCUUAAACCGCGUAGAGGUAACAUUACAGGAUAACAUCUCACACAAACUCAAUACAAAAUGGCUGAUGAUGAUGUUACCGCUUUGGUUGUGGACAAUGGGUCCGGAAUGUGUAAGGCAGGAUUUGCCGGUGAUGAUGCCCCACGUGCUGUUUUCCCUUCUAUUGUUGGAAGGCCCAGACAUCAGGGAGUGAUGGUUGGUAUGGGACAGAAGGACAGCUAUGUCGGUGAUGAGGCCCAGAGCAAGAGAGGAAUCCUCACCCUCAAGUACCCCAUCGAACACGGCAUCGUCACCAACUGGGACGAUAUGGAGAAAAUCUGGCAUCACACCUUCUACAACGAGCUCCGUGUGGCUCCAGAGGAGCACCCCGUCCUUCUGACAGAGGCUCCCCUCAACCCCAAAGCCAACAGGGAAAAGAUGACACAGAUCAUGUUCGAGACCUUUAACUCCCCUGCCAUGUACGUGGCCAUCCAGGCUGUGUUGUCCCUGUACGCUUCUGGUCGUACUACCGGUAUUGUGUUGGACUCUGGCGAUGGUGUGUCCCACACAGUCCCAAUCUAUGAAGGCUACGCACUUCCCCAUGCCAUUAUGAGGUUGGACCUUGCAGGACGUGAUCUCACAGACUACCUGAUGAAAAUCCUCACAGAGCGUGGUUACUCAUUCACAACCACAGCUGAGAGAGAAAUUGUUAGAGACAUUAAAGAAAAGUUGGCAUAUGUUGCCCUUGACUUUGAGUCCGAAAUGGGCACAGCAGCCUCCUCCUCAUCACUGGAAAAGAGCUACGAACUUCCCGACGGUCAGGUCAUCACCAUUGGAAACGAGAGGUUCAGGUGCCCAGAGGCUUUGUUCCAGCCUUCCUUCUUAGGAAUGGAAUGUUCCGGAAUCCACGAGACGACAUACAACAGUAUCAUGAAGUGUGAUGUGGACAUCAGGAAAGAUUUGUACGCCAACAUUGUUAUGUCUGGUGGUACCACCAUGUACCCAGGUAUUGCUGACCGUAUGCAGAAGGAAAUCACUGCUCUUGCUCCAAGCAGCAUGAAAAUCAAGGUCAUUGCUCCACCAGAGAGGAAAUACUCCGUCUGGAUCGGUGGUUCCAUCCUUGCUUCUCUGUCCACCUUCCAACAGAUGUGGAUCAGCAAACAGGAAUACGAUGAGUCCGGCCCAUCCAUUGUCCACAGGAAAUGUUUCUAAAUGAUGAUUGUGACUAUUGUUCUCCGAGUUUACAUUUUGUGCAAUAACGUCAGUCUUAUCUAUAAGUACGGGUGCCUAAUCAACAGACAGUCGUGAUGUUGGCGUCACUUAAGUCACGCCUUAAAAGUCGCGUGGAUCGCGAUCUCUUACAUGUUUGGUUGCUGAUAGCACUAAGUGACUGAAAUCAAAUUAAUCGUCCCUCAGAACUCAUCGUAGUUCUCUCUGAAAGUUCCAGUUUUAUUUAAAAGUUAUAAAAAUAUUUCUUUGUUACUUCGUUGUUGAACAAAAUUUAAUGUUUUAUACUGAAUAAAUUCCUACAAAUAUC